AUGACGCGAUUCAUGCUCAGCAACAACUAUUUUAGGCCAAAUCACCAGAAAGGGUUUUUACCCGGGAUUUCUGGAUGCUUAGAACACAACACCUUGCUGUCGGAGAGUUUAAAAGAUGCUAGAAAAAGCGAGCGGCAAAUCACUGUUUGUUGGAUAGACUUGGAGAACGCGUUCGGGUCGAUACAACACGAAUUGAUGCUAUUCGCGCUUAGAUGGUACAACUUUCCACCCCUAGUUAGAGAUAUGAUCGCGUCGUAUUACUCAAAAUUAAGGUUUUCUAUAAUAACUAAAGAAGGCCCUUCAAAAAGUUUGAGUUAUAAUGUAGGACUGUUUCAAGGUUGUUGUCUAUCUCCAAUUGCGUUUAAUAUCGUAAUUAACAUCUUAGUAGACAAAUUAAUCUGUAACGAGAAAAAAUGGGGUUAUCGGUUUAAGUUUAAUAAUAAAUACACGGAAUCCAUUUUAGCCUUCGCUGACGAUCUCGCAAUACUGACACGUAACCCCAAACACUGUCAAGUACUAUUGGAUGAAGUGGAUAAAUUCUGUGAGUGGACGGAUGGAUUGAGGACAAAACCCAGUAAAUGUCACUGUCUGUGUCUUGGUAGGCGGAAUACAAGAUACACCUCAUACGAUCCGGGACUAUCGUUAGGCGGUCAAUGCAUUUCUACGGUUACGGAAAAUGCACCAUUUAAAUUUCUCGGUCGUAAGAUAGAUAAUAUAGGCCGUACUCCAUCUUUAGAAGGAAUAGUAGAUAGCUUUUUGAACGAUCUUAACAAGGUAGAUAGCCAACUGAUAAGUAACGUCAAAAAAGCGUGGAUCUACGAGAAUUACUUAACUUCACGUUUGAAUUGGCCUUUCCUCGUCUAUGAUUUUAAUAAAACCCUUUUGUCAAAGUUAGAUGCAGGCGUCAUAAAGAUGUUGAAGCAGUGGCUCGGGCUCGCUCUAACGGCUGAUUCAUCGGCGUUAUUUAGGGGAAGCAAUAGUUUUGGGAUGAGUCUAAAAAGGCCAUCGGAGCUCUAUAAACACCUAAGAGUUUCCAAGAGAUAUAUCCUGGGGAAAUCCCAUGAUGACAUAGUGACAUCGCUCCCAAAAGAUGAAGAUGACCCCGAGCUAGAGUCACGACUUCAAUUCCAUAAGCAAUUUAUGAUAGGAGCGCAAAGUAACAGAGCGGGGUUAGGAUCAAAUAGGAAAGUCCAAGAUGCGGAUAUAUUGAAGUCUUUUAUUCGGCAAGACGAGAAUGAUAAAUAUAAGAUCCAUGCAAUGAAUUUAGAAAUGCAGAACGAGUGGUUAGACAUAGGAGAUUUUUGCAUCCCAUUAGCAUUAAAAUGGCGCACUUUAAUUUAUGAUUGGUCGCCAGCAUUGCUAAAAUUCUAUCUCAAUGCGUUCCAGAUGACUCUCCCAGAUCAGAGUAAUUUAGUAAGAUGGGGUAAAAGUACCGAAAAAACUUGCUAUAUCUGUGGAAAGGCAGUUGGAACUGCUAAGCAUCUGCUGGUGGGAUGUAAGGUACUCCUUGACAGCGGUCAAUACUCGCGUCGUCACGAUAGGGUUCUAGAAGUCAUACGUUUUGUGAGAGAAGGCACUAGGGCUACAAAAUCAAACGUCAAGCCUUACUCCAUCCUUAAAGCGGCGUCGGAUUGGACUAUAAUGAUGGACACGUAUGAAAAACAAUAUAAAAUCCCCGAGGAUAUUUGUGCGUCGGCCUCCAGACCGGAUAUAUUUUUGUUUUCGCGAAUUUUAAAGCGCGUAGUGAUAAUAGAGCUUACGGUCCCCUGGGAAACCAACAUCCCCAAAGACCAUACCAUCAAGGUCAACAAAUAUUACGAGCUCACAAACGAACUCACUCGAAACAGGUUCGUAGUAGAUUUGUACGCGGUAGAGGUGGGAGCGAGAGGUAUAACAGCGAAAUCUCUCUAUAACCUACUAAAGGACUUGGGCUUGUCCAGAACUCACAUUAAUGCAUUCUUGGAACGUACGUCGAAGGCAGCCCUAGUAGGUUCUUUUCAAAUUUGGUUAGGUAGGGAGAGGAGCUUGGACAGUGGAGGUGAGCGUAUAACGCGCGUUAGUUAA